AUGAUCGACCACCUGGUUGGACGACCGAGCCCUUCGUGGAAGCGGCUGCAGGUCUUUUUCGUCUUGUUCUUCUGGACUUGGAGGAUCGUCUGGGGGGACUCUCGAGGGCCACGUCUGCUAUGGAUCAGGAAGCUCAACCGUCGCAUAGGGCAGAAGUAUACGCCUUGGCAGGUCGUCGUGAGCACGUUGACUGCUGUUUACUUCAUACGCAACCUCGACAAAGUACUUGGGUUGGGAGCACCUGAGCCGCUCGCGCGUCUGUACUCACCCGGCUACUAUCGUGCAACAUGGAUCGUCACUGGACUAGACGCUGGCUUCGCCACAGCUAUGAACAUUCGUCCCAGAUGGUUCCGCGAUGUAUGCUCCAUCAUAUUCUCGGUAUACUACAUCAUAUACGCAAACGAAGCCGAUGAGAAGUUAAGAAGGUUCCGUGCCGUGCCUACUGUGGAGAUGCUGAGAGCAACCUGGAACAAAACCUCCAACCCCAUUAUACGUCUGGCGACUCGUCGCGAGCCUGUAGCCAUGUGUCGCAAGAUUCUCCUCGCGCGGCCUAGUAACUCGCCCUACAGUCGACCAUUGACGCUACACCUGUUCUAUAAGCCAAAGAACCCCGCGGAUAAUGCAGCUAAGGAGCUCGCUAAGCAGCAAGAUCUCAUCCUGGACUUUCCGGGCGGUGGCUUCAUCGCCAUGACACCCGAACAUCACGAUGAACGUUUGAGGCGUUGGGCGGUUAAAACCGGCAAACCUAUCAUAUCGGUCGACUACGGAAAGGCCCCGGAAUAUCCGUAUCCUUACGCAAUUGAGGAAGUUUUUGACGUCUAUCGGGUUCUCGUGGAGUCGAAGGGCAAGGCAAUCGGCAUGUCUGGCGAGAAAUUGAAUGUAAUCUUGACGGGCGAUUCCGCGGGCGCACAACUCGCUGUCAGUGUCGUGAUCAAAAUACUCGAGCAUUCGAUCGCUACAUCCGAAGCACACUCGAUUUUCCCGCUCCCGUCGUCGCUUCCACCCCGUCCACUUCCUCUUCCCGUUGCUGUCGUGUUGAGUUAUGCAGCGCUCGAUCUGAACUUCACAUCCUGGAUGACUCCCGAGAACCUUCGCGUGCUGAGCCUGGAAACCGAAGCAGACGAGCGGCGGCCCCCUUCACGCACCCCGUCUUUCACUCGCAGACGUUCUUCCAGCUUCUUCUAUGGCUCCGAUGAAGAAGAGGAUCGAAAGGAUAGCUGGGUUGACACGGUUCGCGGGACGAAGGAUCACCUGUCUCAUGUCAGCCCGCUUGCUGUCGUUGGAGACGACUCCCCGCGCCGUAGGCGGGUGCGUCGGAAGAAGAGCUGGCGCGAUUCCAUUCGUGUGCUUCCGACGGUCACGGAGCCAUCAUCCUCGAUUCCGGCUACAAAACCUCUCCGCACUCGCAAGAACUCGAGGCGCCAUGUCAUCGUCGAAAGUCCUGAAGAGGAUGUUGAGGCUGAUGGCGAAAUGGGCGGACCUAACGACGACUACUUUGCGCAUCUUCCCGAGGAGCAGAAGCCCAUCAAGGCUCGCGUGCGCUGGAACUAUGGUGGUGGCUACAGUCCGAGCUCUACCCCCCUGGCGAAUACUCCAUGCCAAUCUCCCGCGAUCUCACACCGAGCGCUCAAAGAUCCACUGGGCCUUCAGGAGCAGGAGAAAUUGGAGGCAGAGGUGGCUAAGGAGGACACGGAGGUAGCCAAUGAACUCAAACGCGCCGGAGACGCUGCCAAGGAGGCGCCGGUCGGAACACUUCUGACCAUGACCAGUCGUACCGGCUACUUCCAAGAUCGCAUCAUAUCUCCUAGCAUGAUGCGUGCAAUGGCUAUCCUAUACAUCGGUCCCCACCGAAAUCCCGACUUCGCAUCUGACUACCAUAUCUCACCCAUCUUGACGCCGGCUCGCCUUUUGGCACAAUUCCCGCCGCUGCUGAUGCAGUGCGGCGAGAAGGACCCGUUCGUGGACGAUACAAUUAUAUUCGCCGGCCGCGUGCGCGAAGCGAAGCGUGAGCGUAAAGGCGAGCUGCGCAGCCUGAUCGCAGACCGUCGUGCCGGACCCGCUUUCCGUCGUACAGAGGACUUGAUGGCACUCGAAGACGAACUCGAGUCUUUGGAGGUUUCAGAGGAGGAAGACUGGGUCCAGAUGUGCAUCUUUCCGGACUGGAGCCAUGGCUAUCUGCAGAUGCCGAUGCUCAUGAAGGAGGCUACGGAGGUCAUUGAUGACCUUGCCAAGUGGAUUGACGGCGCCUUCGCGCUCGAUCCUGCAGCCGGCAGCGCGAAUGGAAGCUCUUCUGAUACACCUUCGCUCGCCACCAUCUCAGCAGAUGCAACGCCACAGGGGCGUUCAGGUUUCUUCUCUUCACUUUGGUCCUGGGGCUCCAAGCCAGCGGUGGACAGCAGAGCCAGCGACGCGGUUCGUAUCGUCGACCCCGAAGGGACGCGUCAUGAAGUCGUCGAGCGCGAGAAGCGUGUGCGCAAUGUUCUGCCAUCCGAAACGGAGACUGAGGCAGAAGACAUCAUCACCUUCGUGCCCAAGGCGCGCCGCACCAGCUCCAUUGGCAGUGCGAGUACUGAGCAGGGCGCCGUUUCCCGACGGUCCUUCCCGCCAACGCGGCGUUCGCCACCUCCCCUCGUUGCAUCACCUGCGUCUUUGGCUUCGCCUCCACGAGCAACCCCUCGCCGCUCGUCGUCACGCUCUCGUACUCGUGACUCUGCCUCGCCACCGCAUGCGGACGGUCUCUCGGGCAAGGUUGAGGCAGGAACCCCCAAAGGAGUGAGCACGCCUAGCAGGGCAGGCGUCAUGGCACAGACCCUGACAGAAGCUGAGCUUGUCCGGCGACGCCGCUUACUAGAUUCACAUAUCUUCCAGAGCGAGUCUGAGUCCAAAUAG